CUCUAAACCCCAAAUGGCCGCCGCCGCCGCCGUCGAGACCGGCGACGCGUUCCCAUCCACCGUCUCCUCCGACUCCGACUCCGAGGACCUCCUCCUCCUCCCGAACCUCCUCCCCUCCACUGCCGCACCCUCCUCCCCGUCGCACGCGCAGCUCCACCACUUCCACCUCCCGUCCCUCCCGUCCCCCAUCACCGUCCGCGCGCUCCCCUCGCGCGGCCUCUCCUUCCAGCUCUGGCCCUCCGCCGCCACGCUCCUCCGCGUCCUCCCCACCUCCCUUCACCUCCUCCCACGCGCACCCACCCCGGAAAACCCACUCAGCGUCCUCGAGCUCGGCUCCGGCACCGGCGCCGCGGGGCUCGCCCUGGCCGCGGCCCUCCCGGCCCGUGCCGUCCUAUCCGAUCUCCCCGACGCGCUCCCCAACCUCCGCCACAAUGCCGACCUCAACGCGCCACUCCUCGCCUCCGCCGGCGGGGCAGCCUCCGUCGUGCCGCUCCCCUGGGGCGACGCUGCCGCGAUGGAGGCCGUCGUGGCGACGGCGACGGCGGAGGUGGCCCCGUUCGACCUCGUCGUGGCGUCGGACGUGGUGUACUACGAGGCUCUGGUUGAUCCCCUGAUAGAGACGCUGCGGUUCUUCGUGAAGGGGGAGGUGGUGUUCCUGAUGGCGCACAUGAGGAGGUGGAAGCGCACCGACAAGAAAUUCUUCGGGAAGGCGAGGAAGGUGUUCGACGUCGAAGUGGUGCACGAGGACCCGCCGCUCGAAGGUUGGCGCCAUGGGCCGGUGGUUUACCGGUUCACGGCGAAGAAGCGGCACGGCAAGAAGUGAAGAAGCUAGCUGCCUCAAGGUAAUGGCUGACUGCUGUGUUGUUGUUGUUUGUCUUUGUUUGUUGUGUGCUAGAUUCCAUGUUAGAAACAGAAAAUAUUUCUUGUGAACAAUGUAACAUUGUGCAACCGAGGACCGUAAGUUGGUUGAGUUCGGUUGCA